UGUAAUCAAAGCACGAUUAAUGCAUGAUGUCAAUAUGGCAUGUCGUCAAUCAUACCGCACUGCACUACGCCGUUCAUUUGUUGCACCGUUCUGCGGUAUAGGAGGAUGUGCGACCCAUGUUGAAGGAAAUCUAAACUUCAAUUCUUCCGAGACCUGCACAGGAAAUCUCUAGAACACUUCAAUCGUCGUUCAUCUCUUCAAACCGCCCAUCGCCAUGAAGGCCUUGAUAGUCCUUCUCUCGAUAAUUUGCCUAGUUACUACGGUAACUGGGCAGUAUCAUGACAAUUACACAUACGUGGCACCACCACCGAGCACCGAAUAUGAUGGACAUUAUGUGUCUAACAACCCAGGAGAACUCGUUCCGCAUUCUGGCCUCACCGUCCAAUUCCUAAUCGAGGCCGCUGGUAGGCUCUGGCAGCAGAACUCUGUCUUCGAUGCGAUGACCUUUGCCUGUGAGGGUGUACUUCCGGUGAUUGGUUCGAUGAUAGAUGAGGUAGAUCAGUCAAGUUUAUACUGGGGUGUCUUCUGCGAUAAUGUCACACGCGUCAAAAGUGUGAGUGAAUUCAACGGACAACGCUGGUGUAAUGACAUAAUUGACAUGAUCACUGGCAUGUUCGGAAACGAUGGCCAAGAUGAAGGAAGAUAUCGCAGGCAAGCACCAGACGAAUCUUCACCGGAAAGUCCCUUCGGAAUUUUAGAAAACCUGUUCAACACCGUCCGAGAUCUAUAUGAUAUCGACAUCCAAAUGAUCAUCCAGAAUGUAUCUACAAUCAACACAAUCUGCAUCGACGUCACUGAGAAUUUCCUCAGGCCUUCCCCGAAGCAGGUCAUUACUGAUUUCGCAGCCGAAUUAAUCGUGCGUCUUCUACCGGAAGUGUGCCAAACGUGGGAUUCCUAUUUCGAAACCGUCGGAUUGAACUCCUCAUCUCAAACCUAUCGGGUCAUCCUGGAGCUUGUUGAUGCAGGAAUUGAUGCAGUUGGGUACAGUAACUUUGACGAACUGUGCCAUGAUAUCAACCAAACUGUUCAAGGUGACGAUCUCGAUGAGCGAAGAAGGAUUGCCGAACUUAUCAUCAGGAAUUUCAUCGGCAUUCUCGAGAAUGGCGAUCAAUGCUCAACCCUAGCCAAGAAGAUCAUCAGCGCAAUUUGGACUCUAACAUACUGUGAAAACAAUGAUCCUUAUAGCAGCCCUUUUGAUAUAGAAUACCAAUUAUACAUGUUCACCGGAUUCCACUCCAUAGAAGAGAUGUGUUAUGACGUGGCAGAAGCGCUAACGACUUCUGUGGACCUCCCUCGGGCUCGGCUAGCGACCCUCAUCCCAAGGACUAAUCUUACGUUCCCGUUCUUCGUCAACGCUGCGGGAGGGGCGUGGCAGCAAGAUCGCCUCAUCGACGUCCUUGCUUACGCCUGUUCCGAUAUUCUUCCUGCGAUCACCACCAUGGUGCCAGAAAUCAGGUUUUAUUCCUUUUACUACGAGCCCAUUUGCCGACAGCUCCGUAGCGCGGCGAGAGACUUGGAGGGUUUCGACUCGACUGGCUACUGCAACGAGUUGGAGGACAUGGUGACAGCUUUGCUUCCCAGUGCUCCUGUAAUUAAUAAUUCGAUGAGCGAUCCUGGAGAAGGGGGAGGUGAUGACUCGAUGGAUGAUCCUCUGGGUAUCCUCAAUUCAUUGAAGAACGUCACCUUAGAACUCUACAAUAUCGACAUCUUCGACCCAUCGACCAUCUGUCCCAAUAUUGAAGGUCUGCUGCGGAAGCCCUUCCCGGCCAUCCUCUUGGAGUUUGGGGGUGAGAUGAUGAGUAGGUUCCUACCGUUGGCACACCAGCCGCUCUGCAGGUUGGAUUCUUUUCUGGAACAGUUCGGCGUCGACUCAUCUUCGCCUUUUUAUGACAUCAUACAGGAAGCAGUUCGCUUAGCUUCGAGAGCUGUAGGUUAUGACAACAGAGAGCAACUUUGUGCCAGAUUAGUAGGCGUAGCUCACAAAGGGCACGAGAAUCGUGUGAGAUUCUCCAAAGACAUCAUCAAGGAACUGUUUAGAAUCCCUAUCAAUGCCGACACGUGUGAUUCUCUGCUUAGUGGUGCUAUUCGUCGGGUCGUAAGGCCUCUCCUCACGGAAUUAAUUCCAGAUACUGGACAUCUCAUACGCAUCAGUGACUACUUCAUUUCGCGCUUCAGCGGCUAUCGGAAUGUGUACGAUUUCUGUAACCACGUGGAGACAGCGUUCAGAAGUGAAGUUCCUCUCCCUCGACCAGCUUUUGGGGAGAUCAUCCCUGGUUCCGACCUGACAAUAUCUCUUCUGAUCAACCUGGCUGGUAGCCUGUGGAGCCAGGAGAGUACUCUCGAAUCCUUAGACUAUGUCUGUACCCACGUCCUUCCUGUCCUCACCAGGACUAUCCCUGAAUUCCGGGACGCGCGGGGCAUUUGGCGCCCAUUGUGCGAUGUUAUCGAGUCCGCCGGAAGUCAAUUCGACGCAACAGAUGUCUGCUUUGACCUUAUGCACGAAACAUGGGAACUCCUGUAUUUCCUCACACCACAGAGUCGGUAUGACUUGUAUACGUGCCCAACGGAAGAGUCAAGGCAAGAGAACACUACUCAUCACAGUGAUGAGCACAUCGAUGGCCCCGGAGUCUAUCAAAAUGAAUCGCACUCCAUCGAAACGGUGGAGGAUGUCUCAUUUGCAUUAGUCCUCGUCAACAUUUCUGAAACCUUCAACGUGGAUAUCGACAACCUGACGACCAUCUGCUCCCUAGCGCCUCGACUCUUAAGGCCACGUUUGCCCGAUGUCAUCAGGGAUUUCGGUUCCGAGAUAUUCAGUUUUCUGCUGCCACUGGCCGAACCGAUCUGUCAUAACUUUACUCUAUUCCUGGACAGUACCCUCGCUUCUUUCGGAGUCAAUUCUUCAUCUCCCUUCUAUCACAUCAUCCAGGAUGCCGUUCGUAUUGCCUCGAAUCUUAUGAAGUAUCCAACAAUAGAAGAACUAUGUGGAGACAUUGUGCAAAAACUCGCGGAUUUUCAAGAUUUCGAUGACAUCAACAGGCUAGAUUUCACAGAGGGUAUCAUCAACUCUCUCAUGGAACUUACCACUGAUGUGGAUAGAUGCACACAAAUAUCCACUGACAUCCUAGUUUUCAUCGUCGAACCUCUAAUCAACCUUGGAAAUGAGGGAGAGAGAUUCAAUAUCACCUCGGAUCUUAUCCAUACGUAUACAGGGUUUAGGGGUGUUGAACCGAUUUGUCAGGCAAUGCAAACAGCAUUCGAAGGAUGUGGGUCGCCUCGUCUAGCCGACAUUGAUGCUUGCGGAAAAUGUAUCAAACGUCCUCCGGUUGGGAACAUAGACUAUCAUUUUGUGUCCAACCAUGUGGACUGCACUGGCAGAUGCCCUCGAGAGCAAGAUGGCGCUAAUGGCCCUGCUGUAUUGAACAGUUGUCUACGAUGUGUAGGAGGGACUACAUGGCGUCCAUCCGAUGCGGGCAUGAAUGAGUGUGGCACUUGCGGGUUUUUGGCAGGCUUCGAUUGCGUUGGCUGCGAUGGACAAAUAAACAGUGGUUUAGAAUUUGAUGCUUGUGACAUAUGUGGAGGAGACGGCAGCGGUUGCACUGCGGUGUCAUCCAUUGUUCCAGAAAUUAUUCCAUCAGGAGGAGAAUAUGAGAUCACUGCACAUGGAGGUGGACUAACUUCAGACCCAGCUCAUGUAUGUCAAUUCACUCUCCGAAAUGGGGAUAUGGUUCAUGAAGUUACCUUGGCCGCAUCUCAGUCAUACGUUGGAACAUGCACAGUGAAUAAUCUCCCUGCAGGCACAUACGACUUUUCGCUACUUGUUUCUGGUACCGAUCCUAUGAACACGUCCAUCACUCUACAAGUUUAUGACCCAAUUACCAUAGACUCUGUGUCACCUGAAGAGUUUACCCUCGUUCCGAAUUCUGACAUCACACUUACCUUCACUGCUGCUUCAAACGCAUUUCAAGCCAUCGAUGAACAAGGACUAACACCAUACCUUGCAUAUGAGCGUGAUGGGAUGGCUGAAUUCCUCCCCGGUGAAGUCGGUGGUGAUGCGAUGCAGGAGCUGAUCUUCACUGGGAGAGCUCCUGACAGGCCCUUGGAAUUGGCCACCGAGAUUACGUUCAAUAAAAGGGAUGUCCUGCCUGGAGGGCCGUUCAUAGUCACGUUCUACCAGCCUCCGCCCGUCAUUGCGUCGUUCGCAUUCUAUCCUUUACAAAACAUUCUCCUGCUUGAAUUUGAGGAAGGGGUUCGAAUAGACGGGACAUUGGACUGUAGCACCAUAUUCGAAUUACCAACUGAUCGGAACAUCCUUGGAACUGGUAGCACAUGCGUGCUUUUCCGAAGAGCUCGCUUCAUCAAGAUAACCCUUGGGACACUCGAUGUCUGCGGGCAGACUGGUUUAAUCACUACAGCUGAUACACUCACCGUGCGUGGUGAUGUCAUCCUUGGUCUGUCUGAUUUCUCCCGUGCACUUCCCGAGACGAUCUUAGAGGUAAAUGUUGUAGAAGACAUCACUUUGGACGUGGUAUUAUCUGGCCGCCAUAUGAUCAGCAGUUGUGGUCGUGUCAAUAUAAAUGCCGGGAGAACAAAGAGAAAUGGCCUCAAUUGCCGACCUGUGAACUAUAUUUGGUCUGUCCAGUCAGAUGGUAACGUUUCAGAAGCACUUUCAGCAGCAGUGACAAGAAAUGAUUCAGGUGUGCUGGAUAUCGACGGUAGCCUAUUGACAGAGGACCAAGCCUAUGAAUUCACACUCGAGGUUGCAACUUACUUAGGCACCUUUCAAUCUGAACCAUUCGGUGUGACACGCUCAGCAGAGGCAGUACCUGACAUAGCAAUUCUGCCUCCCGACAUAGAUCUGGAGAAUGUUCCAUUGUCUAAAAGGUUUGUUCUGAGGACCAAGGUAACCUUCUAUGCAGACUGCGUUGGAGGUGGUCCAGCAAGAACACAAUACCAAUGGACCGUAAACAAGAACAACUUUGAUGGGAAGAUUCUUGGCGGAAUUAAAGACAAGAACAGGCUGACCAUUAUCCCCUACGGGUACACCUUUACUGAUGACAAUUACGAUGUGACCUUCACCGUAGAAGCGACCUUCGAAGGUGUUGCGACACCUCUUACAAGCAGCAUCACCGUACGCUUUGCUCCAUCAGAUCUUGUUGCAACGAUAAAAGGAGCCAGCCGAAAAAGUGUCGGUGUGGAUGUGGGGCCCGUGUCGCUUGAUGGUAGCUUGUCAUAUGAUCCUGAUAUACCGCGGAAUGAAGACCGAAGUUCUGGGUUGACCUACGUAUGGACUUGUGUACAGGGUGCGGAUCAGCUGUGUAUAAAUGCGCAAGAUGGUUCCAACUUUCCACCCGCCGCUGACAGCACGUCAGCAGUCUUGAACGCCGAUGCAAACUACAUGGUGGCUGGAGAGACCUAUACCCUAACGUUGGAGGUUUCGUCUGGGAACAGACGUGCAAGUACUAGUGUAGUCAUCGAGGCAUUGGCUGGAACCCCUCCUCCGGUAACGCUAUCUAUUCCGGUAUUGCGCUUCUUAGGACUGUUAUCAAUAGACGCUGUUCCAUUAGUAGCAGUAAUUGGUGAUAGGACUAGGCCGGUGACAGACACUAGUAGCAUUUCAACGUCCUGGAGACUUUUAGUCGAUGAUGAUGAAGACGUUGGCUAUGAAUUCGACACUGGAAAUCUGGUUGAAAGGUUUUGGGGGAUCAUUCAGAGGUCAGAGAUAGCUCCAGGUGAUCUUGAACCUGGGCAGCUGUACAACGUACAGGUUGAGGUUGACUACGGACGGGCCCAACCUGCUAUAGCCCAGUUGGAACUCCAAACACCCAGUGGCGUGUCGUCUUGCGACCUUAAUGGAAACGACUACACGGAACUUGAUGAGGUUUCAUUCACUGUUGAUAACUGUGUGACUGGGGAGGAUGACUAUCCGCUGACCUACCAGUUGUUUUACCGAAAUUCCAAUGGAGUGCAGAGGUCACUGGGUAUCGGACAGUCCGUACGCACCAUCAGAGGUCCCCCUUCUUCUGCUUCCGGAAACGGAAACAAUGUAUUCUUCGCAAAGGUUUGCAACCAGGCUCAAAGCUGUUAUACCACAGGGGAAGUAACACUUACUGUACGUAGAUUGCAAUCAAUUAACUAUCAACAGUUGAAGUCAUCACUUGUGGAUGCCGAGAUCGAUAAGGGUGACAUACUUUCUGCUCUACGAAACCUCAACCACCUUGUGAGUUCUCUUAUCGAGGGCCAGUCAAGGAAACGAAGACAAACCAUCUCGAUAGACCAGUCAACGACAGAUCAAUUCACGUUGUUCCAGGAUGCUGCUUCGGCUCCAGACGUUGACCAGGAUACCGCGGGUAAUCUCAUUGACGAAGCUACUUUCAUCAACGUUGCUGCCUUGCCAACAGAAGAUCUGACUACCUUUGUUGUUCUCCUCAAAGAUCUGGUGUCUGUAUUCCCCGAUACCUUCACAGUCUUAUCAGAUAUAACCUAUCAGUCGCUUACGGGGAUCAUCCAGGACAUCGGAGAGGCUACCGAAGAUGCUUCCAUCCUGGACUUGGUUAGGGAACUGGUCGUAGGAAUGACCUUGAGUGCGAUUGAUCGCAAUGUCCUUGGAUCCCAAGGCCUGGAGAGCAAUCUUGCAGGAGUGGCUUCAAAAACUAACAUCAUAAUUCCUGAGGGCGUAUACCAUGCAAAUAGUGGAGUGAAUGCAUCUACUGUCGACUUCGGAACUGAACUCGCUGAACGUUAUACAUUGUGGACUUGUGGAGACGGUACAGGAGACUGCCAGGGAAUUCUUGUCCAGAUGAAUCAGUAUGCUACGGGAGUCGACCCUUAUUCUACAGAUAAUGAUGAUCGUGACAACCUAGCAUCCUCCAUUUUGGAGAUCACUUUCUACGAUCAAUGGUCCGAAAAUUUGGAUGUGGUGGAAGUGGCAACACUGACCGAUCCCAUAAGUAUUAAUAUGCUUCUCAGUGCACCAGAACCAGAGAGGACCUACGAGUGCGCCUUCUGGGACAACACAACCAACCAAUGGAGUAGGACCGGGGUGGAGACUGUGAUGACAACAAUGACGUCGGUUGAAUGCCGGACUUCUCAUCUGAGCGUCUUUGCUGUCUUUGCCGGUGAAGAAAUCGUCCCUACCAGCGGAUCGUCUCCUGUGAGAAGCACCAAGCUUGGGAUCAUCAUUGGCUGUGUUGUCGGUGGGUUGGUCAUCAUCAUCAUCGUCGUCAUGCUCGUUGUCGUCUGCGCAUCAAAGUCUAAGAAAGUUGGUGCUACAGACAAAGAGAUGGGUAUGCAGCUUACGCACGGAGGGACAAAUGGCAGCGGAAAUGAGAAUGCCUACGACAACCCACAGAAAUCUGGUCCUCCUCCGUUAUCCAUGUGAAAGAGACCAAGUAAACCAUCCAGCAACCCUUUUCUUUCAACACAGAGGGCGCUUUGCCUGCAGUGAAGUUGUCUUUCAUUGUAAAUGUCUUUCAAAAAGUUGCAUAGUGAACUGAAUUGUAGUGUCUUCAAAGAUGGUUUUUAUGAAAUAGUAAAUAUUUUUUAUCAGAUUUACUAAAAAUUAACAAUGAUAUUUGUGUCUUAACUUAUUUUUGCUGUGUCUCUUUAAUUAAACAAGAUAUUUGACAGUUUAUGGUAUAAAAUUUUAUAUAUGUAAUAUGACUUAGUUGUUGUGAAGUUGGUUACAGUUCCUAUUAUAUCCUUCAUAAAUUAAAUCUUGUAUAGUGAUUGGUUCAAAUAGCACCAUGUGACCAAAUAUAUUCUAACUACGAUGUUGCUUGACGUCAUUAUCUCUCGGGCGCGAUGGUCAGUGAGCUGUCUUUCCCAGGCAAAUCCCUUGAUGCGUUGGCGCAGGCAUUAAUUUGUGUAACGCUGAGCGUGGUGGCUUCGGGAAAAGUAGGUCAUUCAACGCAAAUACAUGUAACUGGACUCUGCAAGAUCAGUGUAUAGAUUUUGGUU